AUGUCUGUUUUUGCGCCACAAGAAAUACGUCUGGGCCCUGGUGUAGCCCUUGAGCUGGAAGUAGCGGAUAUGUCGCGAAUACCCGGCCCGAGACGCCUUCAGCAGAAUCACAAUGAAAGGUCCCAAAAUCGGGAUCAUGUUGAGCAUCAGCGUCUCGCGAUAGUACCCGUCGAGCCUGUUGUCCAGAAGCCCGCGGUACAGGUGGUUGUACCCGAGCUCGAGCUCAGUGUUGAUCACGUAAUCAAACGUGUACUUGAGCGGUUUUGGGAGCAGGAGGAGUGCGUUGAUGAGGUUGAUGAUGAAGGUCAUGAGCUGGAACGUUGUUGGGCCGAUGAAGGAGAACAUGCCUCCUGUGAAAAACAGGGAGGUGAGGUAAAAACACAAGGCUGCGCCGUAGAUCAGCACGCUGACGAGCACGAGGCUGACGAUGUUCAUCUUGAGGUAUCUCCAGCACUCGAGGUGGAAGGUAAAGUAGUAGAUGCCCUGGAGUUAGUUUUCUAG